UCUCUCUCUGCAAAGCAGCCGGCGCACUUGUUCGCCACAGUCCCUCGACUCUCACACUCUUCUUCCUCCUCCUGCCUCUGACAGGAAGAUGGUACCGUGCACAGAGCGUCCUGCACGCGAACCCAAGGCGUCACUCAUCGACUCGCUGCGGGACUUUUAAACUCACCAUGCCGUGUUACGCCAGGUUUCUCUUUUUACUUUUGUGUUUGAUCCUCCUCGGGGAGUGCAGGAAGCACAAAAGUAGGAAAAAGCGGUGGUCCGCGCCGGUGGAGACUCACAAGCCAGGCACUCCUCUGUCAAAGAAGGUUGCAGAUGGAACCAAAACCCGAAAGGUGAAGACCAGCCACCUUCUUCGCAUAGAUGAGCAUGACUUCACCAUGAGGCCCGCCUUUGCAGGUCCAGCUGUCCCUGUUGGAGUGGAUGUUCAGGUGGAGAGCUUGGACAGCAUAUCAGAGGUAGACAUGGACUUCACCAUGACCCUGUAUCUGAGGCACUACUGGAAGGACGAGCGACUGGCCUUCCCCAGCGCCACCAACAAGAGCAUGACCUUUGACGGGCGCCUGGUGAAGAAGAUCUGGGUGCCUGAUGUGUUUUUUGUGCACUCCAAGAGGUCUUUCAUCCAUGAUACCACCACUGACAACAUCAUGCUGCGGGUCUUCCCCGACGGUCAUGUCCUGUACAGCCUGAGGGUUACAGUCACUGCUGCGUGCAACAUGGAUUUCAGUCGUUUCCCAUUGGACUCGCAGACAUGCACACUGGAGCUGGAGAGCUAUGCUUACACAGAUGAAGACCUGAUGCUGUAUUGGAAAAGCGGUGAUGAGUCCCUGAGCACAGAUGACAGGAUUUCUCUGUCUCAGUUCCUCAUCCAGAAGUUUCACACUACCUCCAGACUGGCUUUCUACAGCAGCACAGGCUGGUACAACCGUCUGUACAUCAACUUCACUCUGCGGCGGCACAUCUUCUUUUUCCUGCUGCAGACCUACUUCCCAGCUACUCUUAUGGUCAUGCUGUCCUGGGUGUCCUUCUGGAUCGACCGCAGGGCCGUCCCUGCUAGAGUCUCAUUAGGUAUAACCACAGUACUCACCAUGUCUACCAUCAUCACUGGAGUCAAUGCUUCCAUGCCCAGGGUCUCCUACAUCAAAGCUGUGGACAUUUACCUCUGGGUCAGUUUUGUCUUUGUAUUCCUGUCUGUGCUUGAAUACGCUGCCGUCAACUACCUGACAACGGUGAGGGAUGGUAAAGACCGCAAGCUCAGAGAAAAAGUCAGGGAACAGUCCCAGACACUCCCCUGCACCUGCGGCAUGUCCCACACCAGGACCAUGAUGCUGGAUGGAACAUACAGUGAGGCGGACGCCAACAGCCUGGCCGGCUACACAAGGGCCUCCAUGGCGACUGAGGAUGCGUCAGAAAAACAGGAACGAAUGGUGGUGCAUCUCUCCCUGGACAACGAGCCCACAGGGACCAAAAAGAAGGGCAUCCGCGGCUUCCGGAUUAUCCAGAACACCCACGCCAUUGACACCUACUCUCGCAUGAUCUUCCCUGGCGCUUAUAUCCUGUUUAACCUGAUCUACUGGUGUGUGUACUGCUGAGUGUGUGCAUUUUAGCCUAAACUGUAGCAGUGAAAGAAAAAAAAACUGCUAAAUCUUUUCACUGACCUGAGAAGAGAGAUACAGUUUUUUCCAUCCUGCAUCUGCAUGUAGGGCUGGACCAAGUUUGGCAGGAUAACUAAAGAAUAUCAGAUGCUUCUGGGUGUGAAUAUCUCCAAAUCUGGUUCACAUUUCACAGCGGGACUGGACCACUUAUACAGCUUCUCCUCCUUGACAUAAUUGUAUCACAAGCUCAUAUUCACCCCGAUCAUACUCCAGCAACCUCAUGGGGCUGGUUGCACAAGUUUUGCUUCCAGACUAGUCUAAUGCCAGUUGUACAAAAAUAAAAAGACAGGUUUUAAGCCUAAGAAGGUAUCCACCAUACCCAAGGCUAUGGCAACAAUAUCAGUGUUGACUCAGCAGCUCUGCCUAGUAAUAAAAGGCCCACCCCAAAACAGAGGUGAUUGCCUACCAGAUAUCAUGAUUUUUUUAUGCUUUUGUAGUCAACCUCUUGUUUUUUGAAAAUGAUUUUGAUAUCAUUGUUGUGUUAAAGGGGACCUAUUAUGCUUUUCCUUAUUUUGCUAGCUCGUGAUGGGUUACUUCAUAUGGUCAUCUGCUUCAGGCACGCUACUGUUAACAGUAACAGUGUUAACAUUACCUUGUCUACACUGCUACAUGUAGCUAUAUGCUAACAUCAGGAAUGUUGUACAUUCUCCCUGAUUUCAGAUCAUAUUCCUGCUGGAAUAUGUCCUGGAGCUUUGGAAGUUUUGUUGGUGAUUCUUCACAGUAGAAAGUGCCGUUAUAUGCUGUUACAGUGAUUCCCGGCUGAAGUACACUGCUACAUAUAGCUACAUGCUAAUGUCACGAAACAUGUAAUUUUGGUUGCCCCUAUUUUGGUACAUAUUCCUAUUGGAACAUGUCCAGUUUUUGAAAUUUUGAUUUAGAAGCUUUAACUGGUGAUUUUGGUAGAAAGUGCCAUUCUACUUUUGUUACACUGACACUGAUUCUCCGGCUGCAGAUACACUGCUACAUGUAGCUAUAUGCAGACGUCAAAGAAAAAUGUAAUCUUGGUUGCCGCUGUUGUUAAUUUCUCCUCAAUUUUGGAUCAUUUUCACAGCAGAGACCAUGGAUGUAUAAAAAGAACUGGAUACAGCAUUGGAGGCAGGGUCCUGUUUAUUCCUAUGGAAUUUGAUCAGUGGUGUGUCAUGCCAAACACAGCAUGAAAAUACCCAGAUCUUCUGCAGCUAGGGGCCAAGUGAGACUUCUACCUGCUGAGCGACUAACUUCUGGUUUAGUGCUCCACUAACUUUAAUGGGUGUAAAACAAUUAAAUCGUGUGGCUCAUGUAGACUUACAAAAUGUAAUUGGACUGACUGGAUGACUUCCUAAUAGUGAAACAAGUCAUUUGGCUAUGGUUGCGGAGCGCAAAAAAAUGUAUCCACUGAUUUACAUGUCUCUUUCCUGAUGUAAACAGUGUUUACCUGGGGGCUUGGCAGAGAUGUCAAGACAUGGAAGACCCAGAAAUGUUGACCAAUCAGAGUAAUUUGGGCUUUUUUAGGAGGUGAACUUAAAGAGACAGGCACUAUAAUGAAUUGUUUCAAACAGAGGGUGAAUACAGGUGUUCCUGCAUACACAGUAUGAGGAAAACAGUCAGCUCAUUGGAUUUUUCAGCUCAUUGAUGACGGUUUCUACUACCAUCAUGACUCCGCGGCGGAUCCGCAACCUUUGCUGAUGGUGUUGAAGCCCUCCUUGGCGAUGGCCUGGGCCAGGACUGGCCUGUUUUUUUUUACACAUUAAAGCAUGUAAACAUGUCCCAGUAGAAACCAAAAAUACAAGUAUAAACCUGAACAUGAGCAUAAAAGGUCCCUAUUAACUUCAGCGUUAACACUAUUUUCCCAUGCCUUUCCACUGAAAUAUGUUUCUCAGCUACACUCAUCACUGAAGUUUUAGUUUAAUGUUUUUGUAACAUUUUUAUGAUGUGAAGAAAUUUGCUGAUUUAAGAGUUCUUCUUUCUGUAAGUCUUACAACAUCCUGUACAGCUGCGCCCAUCUCAUCCACACUGGCUGCCGCUGUUUUUCAUGAUUGUAUCUAGGUAGCUAGCUAUGUAGGAAGAUUCCCAUUCUUAAUCCCACCCACAGAACUCAGAAUGAGCAAUUGUUUCGUCAACAGGGUAAACAGCUGUCAAUGAGCACAACACUAGAUCUAUUUGUUUUGCCAAAAACAAAAGAGAAGUGGGCGGUAAUUCACAGUUCUGGAACAAUGCUACAUUGAUCUUCACAGCAAGCUGAACACAAGCCAUGGACGUCUUGCCACCUUAUAAAGUUGGUUUUGGCUAACAGCUGCCUAUUUACAUAUCCAGCAGAAAUGGAGCAACAUCAUUCAUGUGGUUUUUGGCAACACAGCGUAUGCUUUAAUCUCUUUUUAUUUCUGAAAAAGGAGAAAAAUAUCUGUUUCAUGAAGUGUUAUGAAUACAUUGAUUGGCAGAGCUUUCAGAUUGUUAAGAAAGCUUUGCACAUCUAAAGAACUUAUAUAUCCAUCUGAAGUUGGACUCUCAGAUCUGAGCCAUAUUCAAAUCUUUGUGCAACCAGCCCCCGCCCAGACUUCCCUAAAUACCACUCUCUCCUCUGAAGCUCUCUAUCUUCAUGAUCAAACUGUCAAACUAAUAAGAGCAGAUAAUUUGGCUGCUAUUGCCUCUGUAACCUUUGGAUCUGACUGAGUCACAUAACUAAAUGUGUCCAGAGCAGAUGGCUAAUGAGGCAGUAAGUGAGCUAAAUACCAGGCUUUCUUCCCUUAAUGGCGCUCCUACUACAGCGACAGCAUUUCAGUUAAAGUGACAGUAAAUGCUGCUGCCCUGUAUUACUCAUGGACUACUGCAUUAACCAGACUGAAGCAACCCAUAAAGCCUGGACUAAACAGGAUGAUGCUACUGUAUGGGUUUCAAAGCACCACACACCAUUGUUGCUGAGCAAAGUCUUUAUUUAUUUAUGUAUUUAAAGUUCAUUCACUGGGAUUUUAAUUUAUUUUGAUUUAUUUGACUUCUUCAUUUAUUUAUUUUUAGUGCAGCAAUGGAUCCAUGUGCCAUUAUACCUUAAGUUGGCAAAGAUGCACGAAACAGGGCUUGUACAGAAACUGCUUGAUGCAUGCUGCAGAUACUGUAUCUUUCUAGACGUAUAUUUCUCAGAAAGGACUUAACAACAUGGAAAGCUUUAUCAGUGAUGUAACCAACUUGAACCGCCUUAAGUGAACAUUUUUUUAUACACCAACAGGAUUUAAUGGCUGAAUCUUUUUUUCAUUUGUUUGUUUCAGUACUGUGAGUGACUGCAUAGUUAUUUUUGGGUCUCUCAAAGCAGAAUUGCAUCCAUUCCAGCAUUUAAUCAUGGUGGUAAAUAGUAGCUAAGCUACAGUAGAAGCUAUUCCUCCGCUGGCUAUGCUGUGAUGUGUGAUUUCAAUCAUCACAAGUGCUGCAAUUUCAUUCCACAAUACUGGUUUACAAGUUAGUGUCGUAAAAGCAGAUUCUACCUUUAAAAAUGUCCACUUUUUAAAGGAAUAGUUUGACAUUUUGGGAAAUGAGCUUAUUGACUUUGCUAAGAGUUAGAUGAGAAAAUAUAUUAUCAGUUUCAUGUAUUUACAUUAUAUACUGCCUUCAAAGGGGUCGUAUUUACUGUGUUAACAACAAGAGUCCAUAAGAUCACUCCUCUCUUGUAGUAUUCACAACCUCGGAAGUGGAAAUCAAAGCUCAGAGUUCACAAAUUGUGACAUGUUUGCUUACAUUUUCAGAAAUGGCAGAGGCCAUGGCAGUUCAUUUUUCCGUGGAUGGUAUGUUAAUAUAUGUUUUUGUAUGAGGAAAAUGUUAAUACUCCUAAUGGCCUCAUCUAGUCAUGGUUGUGUAUAGACACUGGAUUCAGCGUUGGAGGUUCAUUCCUAUGAAAAGUUGCUCAAUGGUGCAUGAAGCCAAAAAAGUUUGCACUACCCAGCUCAUAGAACAAGCACAAUAGUGGCUAACUUCUAAUUUAGCCCUCCACUAAUUUCAGUCAGUAUAUACGAUUUAAUUGUACAGCUCUUCUAGACUUCUAGAAAUGUUAUUAGACCAAAUGGAUCAAAUCCCGCUAGUGAAACAAGUCAUGCCACAAGGGUAGUGAUGCUCAGAAAAAUGUAUCCUCUGAUUUACAGAUGUCUCUUUAACAAUGUCUGAUGCCCAAUGUGUAUCAUACCGUCGUAAAAAGAUGCCUGUGUAUGUCAGUAUGUGACGCCAAAAUCAUCAACAAAGCAGCUGUAUUUGACAAGUUAGGUGUAAUAAAAAAAUGGAUGCAGUGUUGGAGGCAGUUCAUUUCUAUGUAAGCUACUCAGUGGUGCAUGAAGCCAAAAAAGCUUGUCUUCCCGGGUAUAAAAUUAUCCAGAUCUGCUGCAUCCUGGAACCAAUAGUGCAAGCUCACUGGAGACGAUUUAGUGCUCCUCGUACUGGGAUUGGGAUAAGAUUAUUUAAUUGUGCAGCUCUUAUAGACUUUCAAAAUGUUAUCAGACUGAAAUGAUUAAAUCCUAAAAGUGAAACAAACAAGUCAUUUUGCGUGGGUAAUAGCGCUCAAAAAAUGUAUCCACUGAUUUACAGACAUCUCUUUCACAGUGGAAGUCAAUGGGAAAAAGUCUUUUGGGCCCAAAAGCAUCAUGUAACAGUCCCAGAAGUUGUAGUUACACAAUUUGGCCACUAUAAAAAUAAGCUUCAAAGCCUGGCACACUUCCUGUGGGCCUGUAUCUUUUUCUUUGUCAAUCUGCCUUUGCAUCCUGCAUAGUUUUUCCUGCUUUCUAACUUGCUAAAUUGUUAGCCUCGGUGUCUUUGAGACGCCAAUGUUGUCAUUGCCCCCAAAUCCUGUCUUGCGCGCCUUGCUCUCCGCUUGCUCUGCGCCCUACCCCACGGUGGGCGCCGCGAAAAUCGCGCUCUGUGUGAAAGAAGAUGUGUGCUUGAGAAAGAAAAAUGGAAGAGACAGCCUGUCCAUCUGGUUUAAUUGAUUUAAUUCAGCUUGACAUUGUGUUCAUAUGCUGCUUCUGUUUGUGAGGGGGGGUUUCUUUAAUUAGUUUUACCCUAACCAAUCAGAAGUGAACCAGCCAAGGAAAGCAGAGAACAACAGCAGAGCUAUUAGACUUGGCAAACAAAUGUGAGGUUAUUCACAGGUCAAGAACCGAGCUAGGCUGACUGUGUCCCCCUGCUUCCAGUCUUUGUUGCCAAGCUGGUCUAAUCACCUCUUGGCUCUGUAGCUCUAUUGCACAGAUAUGAGAGGCAUAUUGAUCUUCUCAUCGAACUAUCAGCAAGACAGAGAAAAGGGACAUUUCGAAAAAUGUCAAACUGCUCUUUAAAAGCCAAGGUCUCACCCUUAUUUAUUAUCUUUUCUGUAACUAGUAAUGCGCUUUAGCUUCUUGGCAGCAAUCAUUUGCCAAAAUUAAAUGUGAUUUUUGUUUAUUUAUUUGUUUUAAUGGUGCAUAUCAUUUGGAAUGAAACAUGAUUACAGCAAGUCGGAUGGUUUCUCACAACAAAACCAAAACAAGAAAGACAAGCACGCUUGCAGAUCCAUCAGCUUCCAAACCAACAUCACUUCUACCUUCAUCUUCAGAAAAUGUUCAGAAUGUAAUGCUUUCAGAGCAAAUUUCAUAAAUAAAGA